GCGCCCGGAGCAGGAGAGGCUCGUGUCGGCCCGCUGCGGGGGCGCCGAUGUCGUUGUCGGCGUCGACGCGCGAAGUGGUCAGGGAGCUCGACACCAGCAGCCUGCCCAUCGGGUCGACCUUCGCCGUGCCGCACGGCUACUUCGGCGAGGUGGGCCAGCUGCCCGAGAGGCUUCCCGGCGAAGGCGUGGGCGGCGCCCGCGGCAAGUGGCACCACGUGGACAGGGCCUCGGUCGCGAGCGCCACGUCGUGGCAGGCCCCCGCGACGUCGCCGCACCUGGUCCAAGGAGUGGCGGGCCAGCCGGCGACCACGCGAUCGGUCAGCGUCUUCCAGGCCCCGGCCGCCAAGGCAUCCGUCUCCACCGUCACGGGCUACAAGGCCGCGACCCGCUACGUCUACCACGAGCCGGUGUACAUCGACGAGACCUCGGGCGCUGUAGGCGCCCGGAGUCUGGCGCAGGCGCUCGGCACCUCCGCCGAGGGCGCCGCGCCGCUGGGCGCAUCUGCCCCGGCGCCCGCGUCCGCGGC